ACGAACGAAGCCCGAACUUGUCAGGCCUAAGUUACAGGUGGGCGGCUACUGCGCAUGCUCAGUGUGAUUAGUGUCAAUUACUCGGAGCGGUGGAGACCGCAGCUUCAGGAUGAGCCGACGAAAACAAUCCAAACCUCGCCAGUAUACCGAUGCUGACGAGGAGGGGACAGUGGGGGAAGAUGCCGGCCGACAAUUACAAGAUACCACCGCAAUACUGCCAGUAAAACAAGCUCAAGAAAAAGAAUCGAUCUUCUCAGACGACAUCAAUAACUAUGACGACAACAGUUCAGACAGCGAUGCAUUCCACAUAGACCUAAAAACAGAAACAUCCCCACGCCAACCCUACGACUCCGACUCAGAGGAGCGCAAGUUCUCAGGAGUACAGGGUCCACUCUCACCCAUCGAUAACCAAUCAGAUGGCUCUGACGAAUUAGAUGAGGAAACUCGCCUCUUACUGGAAAAGAGCGACAACAUUGAAGCCGUCCACACUGUCACCGGUGAAAAACUCUACAUAUGUCCAGUGUGUAAUCUGCAACUUGAUAACCUCCGACUCCUCACCAUGCAUAUACGCAACCAUAACUCGAAAGUUCCGUCCUCACAUUCGUGCACGAUUUGCGGCAAAGUGCUCUGUUCACAGAGUUCACUUGAUCGUCAUAUGCUUGUCCAUUCAGGAGAGCGACCCUUUAAAUGUCAGAUAUGUAACCUGGCCUUCACCACUAAUGGCAACAUGCACCGUCAUAUGCGGGUCCACGAGAAGGAGUUUGCUAAGUCACCGCAAGCCUUGAAGGAGAUGUUAGAUGCUGGUCUCUUGACUGGUUACACCCCCGACGGUCGCCGCAUCCGAAAACGCCGCCGACCAGCAGAGGGAGAAGCCGAUGGUAAUGCCGAUCGCCGUAAGAGACGGAGCAUAGAUGGCGCUUCAAAUGGUGCGACGAUGAACGAUGACGAGACAGUCGUACAGGUGGCGCUCAAGAAGAAGCUGGGAGUUUAUAAUGGUGAAGAAUCUCCGUCCAAAGAGGAAGAUGGAAAUGAUUUUGAAGAGGUUUUCCAAGAUGAUGCCAACCAGACCCAAGGUGAAAAUGGGGAAGUGGAACAGCUCCAUUGUCCCAUCUGCGACCGUGGAUUCCUAUGCAAAUAUGGGCUGCAGAGCCACUUGGAAACGCAUCCAGAGUAUAAAAUCCGGUGCCAGAUAUGCAAUUUAUCAUUCCGUAACCUGAGAGGAUUGAACAUGCACAAUCAUAUGGUGCAUAUACGCAAACCAGAAGAAAAGAAAAAUGGAGUGAAAAUGUCCAUCCCGGUUGGAUUCCAAGAUUUAGGAUUUGUUGACUUUUCGAUUGAUAAGUUUCCGUUGAUUGCAAAGUCGUGGUGUGAGCACAACCAACGUCGCUCAAGUAGUUCCUACCAUAACUUUGAAUGCCGUAAAUGUGAGAAAGCGUUCCCAUGCGGGGGCGCUUUGAAGCUUCAUAAGGACAGCCAUACGCCCGAGACGUCGACGACAUGUGACGUCUGCGAAUGUGAUUUUGAGAACAAUGCUGCGCUGAAGGAGCACCAGUUGAGUCAUACUGCCGAUCGUGUAUUGUCCGAGUCACCUGAGAAAGAUAGCGAUGAUGACUCCAAUGUUUCAAAGGAGGAUUUCCUUGCUAUGCUCAGUCUACAGGGUCAAGGACACGAGUCUGAUGAGAAUGACUCUGAGGAGAACGAAGACUCUGAAGAAAGAUUAGACUCUAAACUGAACCAGGAUUAUUUUUAUAACAUUGGCCAGGUGAACCGUCCGAACAAACUGUCUUCCAUCCUUCCCAAGCCUUUGAGACGCACUGCUGAUAAAGAGGAAAACAAUAACUCUAACGACUUUGCUGACAUCCAGAAGAUCAUACAAACUGCAAACGUCAGUGGAUUGACUUCAUUGGUCCCGGUGACCCCAACCGACAUUCAUCCUGCGUUCCGACUCGAAGCCAUGCCAAAACUGCAACACAUCUCUCAUAUGGCUGCGUCCCAGCAGGUACUCAUCAGUAAACCGGUGUCCACAUCACCACCACCACUCCAGCUCAUGGGGGCGGGACUCUACAAGCAUGACCAGAUCGACCCAGACCUGAUGUGUGUUCCUCUCGAUGACGCCUACAGCAGUGACCAGGAAGGCAGUACCGAUGACCAGACCAAACAGAACUUCACCUGCAAGUAUUGUGACACCGGAUUUGAGACCUUCAAUUCUAUGAAAGUUCACAUGCGCACACACCUUGGGCUGUCGCCUUACAAGUGUAACAUGUGCUCAUAUGCCAGCGCCGACAAGACAACUCUGAUUCGCCAUCUUAGGACACACAAUGGUGAACGCCCAUUCCAGUGCAAAAUCUGUGACUUUGCCUUCACAACAAAAGCGAACUGUGAACGACAUGCCAGGAAGAAACACAAACUGGAAACGAAGGACGAGAUUGACACAGCGGUUGGCUACAACCAGUUCAUUGGAGGAGACAGCCCAGUGAAGCAGGAGGGUGACUUUGCAUCUCCAGAUACCGUCUGCAAAUAUUGUGGCAUCGACUUUAAAUUUUUCCGCGCCCUGAAGCACCACUUGCGUUCCCACAGCAGUUGUCCCCAGAAGCCUUAUGUCUGCCUUGUCUGCAGUAUUGGAUUCUCAACCAGAGCAAAUUGCAUCCGUCAUAUCCAGAAACGUCACCAAAGCAUCGAGACGAACCAGAUUGAGAAGAAUAUCCGCACAAAUAUCCCGGUUGCUCACUCUAGUUUGCCAAACAUCCAAAGGUUCGAGAGCCCGUUUUCCAAGCUGAAUCUUCCGAGUCUUCCAAACAUGAUGCAGCUACCACUUGGGACAACGCCACCUCCCGCUCAUAGACACAAAUCCAUCCAGCCUAACCGUCUGUUCAUGGGGACAGCAGACUCCAAGGUGCCCUUUGAGGGUGUGCCAAUCAAGCGUGAGAGUCCUGUUAAGUACGACAGCCCGCUUGACUUCAGUAAGAAGAUUGUGAAAGAGGAGUCACCUGAUUCGGCCAUCAAUUUAUCGACGUCACCAGCACCAGAAAUGGACUUGAGCAAAUCAUCUGAUGAGCCCAUGGACCUUUCAGUCUCCAUUAAAUCUGAAGGAAAGAAGACCUCGUUGAUCCCAAGAACGACAUUUGAACCUCCGAUGUUGAAACCUGGCGAGGUUGCACCUGGUGUUGGUAUGGUAUCUCCCAUCAUGCCAUCAGGUCUCAUGGAUCCGAUGUCGCUGCCUCAUAUGCCACCAAAUCCUUUCAGCUUCCGGACAUUCAAGUGUCCGUAUUGUGCCGUGCAGUUCAGCCAAGAAGCCAAGCUUGUCCUACAUAUGAGGACCCACACCACUAAUCGUCCCUUCCAAUGUACCUUCUGCCCCGCUGGAUUCACGAUCAAAACGAACCUUGACAUCCACAUACGUACGAGGCAUCUGAACGACUCCGGCUCACUCCAUGCUGCACUCCGUAGCAAGUUUGUCCCUCCGACGCUGAAGAUGAUGGCCAAGAGACGCCAAGCUACAGGAAGUGCCAUGCAUAGCUACCUGAAGCCAAAGUUUGGUCAGUUCCGCAAGCCAAGUUUAGAGAAAAAAGCAGCAGACGCACCAACUGACGGUCCACAGGUGAACAGCAGCGGAUCCGGCUCUGAUUCGAACUGCGAGUUGGCCUCCGUUUCAAAAAUCCUCAACACAACAUCAUCGGAUCAGUUCCAAGUUUUCUUCAACAACCCGGAUCCCAACAGCGAAGAUCGGACAAUUCCGAUCCCAAUCAAGAUUACCAAGGUUGAUCGCAGUGAAGACGUGACCUCGGUCAGCCCAAAUAGUGCUGAGAAGAACCAGGACUCCUCCGGGACUGACAGCCCUGAUAAGAUGAAGAAGAAGAGGAACUCGUAUGCCAACGCUCCAAACCGAGUUGCCUGUCCUUAUUGUACCAGGACGUUCCCAUGGAUCAGUUCUCUGCGAAGACAUAUUCUCACUCAUACAGGCCAGAAGCCAUACAAAUGUCCAGAAUGCUCUGUACACUUCUCGACGAAAUCCAACAGAGAGCGCCAUCUUUUGAGAAAGCACGGUUUGAACCCAAACAACCCACACACACGCCAGAUCAUGGAUCGCCCUUACAAAUGUCAGCUAUGUGUAUUCAGCUCAUUCUCCAAGCCAGAAAAGCUGAUCAUGCAUUACAAGUCCAAGCAUCCUGACAGUGACCCUCCUGCCAAUGUUCAAAACAUGGCCUCCCUCGAGCGCUGGGACCAUGAUCCUGAGAACAGCUCUGACCCUACUCCGCCGACCUUUGGAAGCAAUGACCUCGACAGUGAUGGUGAGGAAAUGGAUCCCAGGGACAUGGACGACACGACUAAUAUUUCUGUUGUCAAGGCAACAGAGUCGGACCAAGAGACGAUUGAGGACGAGGAUGAUGUCAAGGUCAUUAAGGACACCAAUGACAAUGAGUCCCCAAUGAUGCAGAUGUCUCUCCCCAAAAACGACAUGAUGUCUGACAGAGACAUCAUCACCCGCAGGAUUCUACAACAACAGCAAAUGCAGCACAAUGCAUCCGUAAGCAGCAGCCCGCUCCCAAUGAUUCCCGUCUCUCCGAUCCGUGCUGUAUCACCGAGUCAGACACCAUCACCGCACCCAUCCCCGGGUGGCAGGACCAUCAUCAAUCCAGAACGAGAUAACUACAACGUCGACAAGAUAUUGGAUUGCUGGCAAUGCGGACUCCACUUUGCAACACGCAAGAUGCUGCUGCGCCACUUGAAAGAGCAUAAUAUCGACUACCCAUACAAGUGCUACCUUUGCGACGCGUCCUACCAGUCCCGACGUGAUUGCCUUGAGCACAAAGACGAGAAACAUCACGACGACUGGAUCGGUUUAAAGGCACGGAACAAGAUCGAUGAUAUUCCCGACUUCGUUGAAGUGAUGGAUAAACUUACGGAACCUGAUGAUAAGAUUGAAGAGAUCAAGAAAGAGGGUGAUGAUUCGAUCUUGGCCGUUGAGAGGAAGGUGUUUUGUGCGCUAUGCCCCAAGAAGUUCUGGUCGCUGCAGGAUUUGAGAAGACAUAUGAGGUCACAUACAGGUGAGAAGCCUUUUGAAUGUGACAUCUGUGGUCGUUACUUCACACUAAAGCACAGCAUGAUGCGCCAUCGUCGCAAACAUCAGGACGGUGACAUCAUCAUACGCCAACCACGCUCAAGUCCGUUUGGAAACGAUAUGUAUAAAUCUGAGAUGACCUUCAACGACGUGAGCGAGGGCCGCCACUCAAUCGGAACGCCGGAGAAAGAUCAGUACAUGAUGUCUCCUUACCCACCGUUACAUCUUCCGGUCAUGGUCCCACCACCUCCGCCACGCCCGCAAGCAUCUGUCACGCCGUCCUCAAACUCAACACCGUCCAGCCGUCCUGCCUCUCGUGACGGAGCAGCAUCUAGUUUAAUGGCGGGCUUGGGCGGUCUAGGAGACAGCGACCUGCUUGGUAAUCUUCUCGGUGUUGAUGAAAGUGCUCUUGAUGAGAUGCUGGACUCUGCUAAUUCUAGUUCCGCUGCGGUAAUGCUGGGCAUGGAAAAAUAAACUCUUUGUGCAUAAUUCAAAUGACCAGUUGGUAAAGACUUUGAAAAAGACUGUUACCUGUUAAUCUAAGAAAUUGGUUGACAAUUGCAGCACGUCCCCAAAAAGUGUCACCUUAAAGGUAUAAUGCAAUUGUAUCAUAUAAGACUCGAUUUUUUAACAAUGUUGGAGUGUCGCUUGGAGUGAUUUAUUUUGGGAUGUACUGUGACCAUCUACCAACCAAAAGUGACAAUUCUGCUGAUAUUGACAACUAGUGGUGAAGCAAAUAACUAUUAUAGCUAGUGUCAAAGUAUAUGGAGUCCAUUUUAACCAAGGUUCGUGGUGACAUGCUUUUGUCAAGAAAAAUAUUUUCUUGGAAAAUUUUGUCAACUCUGUGUUUUACUGUUCAUACCAUUUGUACAGCAAUCAUUUGGAACAUGAUGUUCAUGAAGUCGCACCUGUUCUUUAAAGGGUUAAAGUGGACUCGGCAAACAUUCCAUAUGGUGCAAUUAAAGAUCACAACCGUCCAAAGUUAAAUUCCAGGGAGUGAUAAAUAUAGGAUUAUGAAAUGUAUAUUUUGUACAGAUGUAUCAAAGUUUUGCAUAUUACUGCUGUGAGAUCAAAUAAUGUUGUUGUACUGAUGCGUCUGCUUGUUGCCAUGACAACCUAAAGACAGCACAACUCGGGCGGCCAUCUUUAAGUUGUGAUGACUCUCAGUGGAUGUUUCAUUAAUUUAAUGAGAAAAGUUUGUUGUUGUUCUAACGUCUGCUUCUGAAGAGUUCUUUUGAUUGCAGACAGUUGGCUCUAGUAUUCCUCAUAUCCAUUCCAUUAUUGCCCGCAUCUGCCAAAUACUGUUUUGUAAUUAUGGCAGCACCAUUUCCAUUCCAUUUUAUUUUCAUCAAACAUUCAAAAGUCUUGAUAGAUUUUUUUCAGCAGCUCUUGUGUAUUUCGCCUUCCAUAUUCUGUACCCUUUUAAUUCCUAGAUAUGCUGCACUAAAACCCUUCUAUCUUAUGGUUUGCUGAUAUCUAUCAGCAUUUAAAAUUCGUUUUUUUCUAGUUCUUCCAAGAGUUAGUAUGGUAGUAUUAGACUGAAAGUAUUUAUUUUGAUUGUUCAUAAAUUUUGAUACGAAAGUUUUAUCACUUUUUCUUGAUAGUUGUGGUAUCUUUGAAUCAACUUGACUGGUUAACUUGAUCUUAAUGGUAACAGGUUAAACUCAAACUGUAAACAAACAUUGGCGAGUAAAAUUUAACAAAAUACCUGUCCUUGUAUUACAAAGUAUCUCUUACUUCUGAUCUCAACCAAAUAUUAUAGCAUUAGUAUAAUUCAAGUAGCGUAAUUAGUCUUGUGUAAAUGCACAAGGGUGUAUUUUGGGUUCAGAUUUGCUGUGCAUAAAGCAACUUCACUAAUUUUGCAAGCAGUUGAAUUUACCAGUGUCCUCUGUAUUUCUCUAACAUUUUUGUAUAUUACUGUAAAUAUUUUGAUAUAGCGUAUUAAAAGUCGAUGUCCCUUUGUAUUGAGCAGUAUCAUGCACAAUGUCCAGUGUAUUGAUGUACAUGGUUUUGUCCCAAUAUAACGUGACACCGACUAAACUGGGUUAUUCAUUUGAAUUGGUCCAAGGUGUGCCAGCCCUCCCUUAUUUAUCUGUCCAUUUGUAAAAUGUAUAUAAAGUAGAUUUGAAAUAUGUAUAGUUGCGUAAUAGUCAAAUAGAUUUAUCAAUAGUUCUUGAUCUGAAAUCGGUCAGAUUUAAAUUUGUUUUUGUGUUUGUAAGUGCAGUGUCUUUUUCUGUCAACUGUGGUGCACAGUAUCUACAGACACGAUGUUACAGUGGAAUAUGACAGUGAAAUAUAUUAGGUGUCAUUAAAAAGAGUCGCAGCACCUGACAAAUAUAACAUGUUCUUUUCUGAUUCAUCUACAUUUACUGACAUGCAGUGAAUAACAUUUUUUCAUCAGAAUGACUGAAAUUGUGAAUAUUUUGUAAAACUAUGAAGUUAAUUUCAAAUCAUGUAAUUUUCAUGAAAGAAAAGUUGAUCAUUCCCUCCAUGAAUAUGAUAACUGCUGCGAUCAAAUUUCUUAUGAAUUUAUAUAAGCUUGCAGUAGCUUGGGUGUGGUGAAGGUCCAUCAUGACUUCUCCCGGUAUAUGUGUAGAAUUUCACCUGUAUAUGUGUAAAUACGUAGUUUCUCCUUGAUUUAUUUAAAGAUUUAUCCAGAAUUUAUAGUUAAUCAGAUGUAAUAUAAUAUCAAUAUUAGUAAGUUAUUUUCAAUCAGGAAAUAUGUGUCUUUAGGAAAAAGGCAUCUGACAAGUUUAUUUUGUCGGGCAACUCACAGCAUUUGUGAAGGCCUUUGCUACAUCAUGAUCAUUCCAUAACAAUUAUUCAAUAAAGUAAUUUCU